AUGGGAAACGUUAAAAGCUUGUACAGUGCCACAAUCGCCAAUGGUGUCGGUGGAAGUGAGACUGCUUAUUUUUCUGCUUCCAAAUUCAACUAUGACAAGUUCUCUGAUCAUCUCAAUUCCUGCUUUGAGUAUUUCUGCAUCAUUUCCAAGAGAAAAUCCGUUGAGAAGGGAAGAUUAGUUCGGCUUUUGCUGGCUGGAGCUGAUGAACAAGAUUUUGUUGCUAAGGCAUCAAAUUUACCCAUACAUGCAGUAGUCGAAGAUGAUGGAAAGGACAUCCCUCCAAGCUUCAAGAGCCUGCAAAUUGAAUCUUUAUUCGUGAUCACUGCACAGCACCAUGGUUUAGAUUAUGAUUCUCAUCAAGGCCUUUCUUGGGCUUAUAUAGAAACCCCCUCUGGUUUGGGAUCUUUGUUGGUGUUGGAUUUGGAUGGCGUGUUGAGACCCCUUCUAAUGGAAACCGAAUUAUUCGACAGAGCAGUAAGAGUACCAAAGGGGAUUGAAAAACUGGUGAAUCUUCGUACUUGCACUGGUGUGUAUGCUGGACGUGGAAUCUUCAGUGAAUUAGGCAGCUUAACCCAACUACGGAAACUUGGUGUUACGUGUGUGUCUGAAGAUCAUGCUAGUGAAAUAUUUGCAGCCAUCAUCAAGAUAGAAAACCUCAUCUCUCUAUCAUUAAGAUCGGAGGCAGGGGCCUGUGAUGGUACUCUUUUUCCUGAUAUGGAACAAUUUUCUCCUCCGCCUCUUCUUCAGGAGCUUCAUUUAGAUGGUCGCUUAUUCGAAAUGCCCGAAUGGCUUGCCUCCAUGGAAAACCUUACCACUCUUUUUUUAUCCAAAUCUUAUCCCUUUGAGAACCCAACUUCAGUCUUUCGGUUUCUUCCCAAACUAAAAUAUCUGACUCUAUGGGAAGCCUACCAGCUGGAACUCAUUGGUAAAGAAUUUUGCAAGGUAGGUGGGUUCCCAGAGCUGCAAUCUCUCACCAUUGCUGCUAUUUAG